UUUCACACAUUUUGAAAGUGACGACGAUUCUACACCUGCGUUGAAGAAUACAGGUCAUUCCAAUUUAUCACGAUCUGCAGAAGUGAACUGAAAAAUACAAGCAGGUGUUUUCACAGUGUUGAGUCUAUCAAAAAACAGACAGUAUUGCUGCAUAUAGAGGACAGCUUCCUUUUGAAAAGUGACUGCUAAGACACAGAGGGCAACUGCUCCUCACAGAGGCUACAUUUCCACCAACUAGACUACUGCCCCAGACCAGCAGGACUCUACCAGUUCACGAAAAGCAACUUCUACCCUUGAGAGGAGAUCAUUGUGCGAUUAAGAGAGCUGCAGCACAAGGAAGGUCACUGCUCCAGUUAGACAACUCCUGCCAGAUACUGCCAGACUGCUGCGUGGAGCUGUAAUUCUGAGUGUGUGUGUGUGUGUGUGUGUAUAAUGGCACUGACACAGCUUUUGGACGAGAGAGAAUGUGACAGUGAAGAAAGCGGGUGUAAUUUGGAAGUGAUAGUCGAGGAAAGUCCAUGCCCUGAGCCUGCCCCAAACCGUCUGUCGCACCCAGCUGCGGAUACGUCCGUUGACAGUCACCAUGGUGACAAGCCAAGCCGCAGCAAACCGGCGCGAUUGGCGCGAGGCUUCCGUAAAGCUCUGCGGAAAAACCAGGAUUACAUCCGCAUCACCAUCCAACCGCAACCUCAGAUCCAGCAGCUGCCACUGGAGUGGUGGAAGACGGGAAUCGCAUUCAUCUAUGCGGCCUUUAACCUGGUCCUGACCACGGUCAUGAUUACGGUCGUGCACGAGAGAGUGCCUGACAAAACAAUCAACCCACCGUUACCUGAUAAGUUCUUUGACUACAUAGGAAGACAGGAGUGGGCGUUUUCUGUCACCGAGGUUAAUGGAAUGAUCCUGGUUGGACUCUGGUUCACCCAGUGGCUCCUCCUCAAAUACAAGGCAAUUAUUGGUCGCAGGUUUUUCUUCCUGAUGGGGACACUUUAUCUGUAUCGCUGUGUGACGAUGUAUGUUACUACCUUACCUGUGCCAGGCAUGCACUUUAACUGUGCUGCCAAGCUGUAUGGAGACUCUCAGGGGAAGGUGUACCGUAUUCUGCGGCUGAUAUCAGGGGGUGGUCUCUCCAUCACUGGCUCUCACCUCAUGUGUGGUGACUUCCUGUACAGUGGACACACUGUGAUGCUGACGCUCACCUUCCUUUUCAUCAAAGAAUACUCCCCGCCGUCUUUCCGGUGGUAUCAUGUGAUCUGCUGGAUUUUAAGUGCAGUGGGUGUGGUCUGUAUUCUGGUGGCACACGAACAUUACACGAUUGAUGUGUUGGUGGCCUACUACAUUACAUCACGCUUAUUCUACUGGUACCACACCAUGGCCAAUAACCAGACUCUGAGGGGUUCAUCUCAGAACUAUCUGAGCAGAACGUGGUGGUUCCCCGCGUUUAACUUCCUAGAGAAGAACGUUAAAACAACGGUUCCCUGCACAUUCUGCUGGCCCAUUUCCAUUCCCACCUCCAGCUUCAAGAGCCCCUGCGAGAGGUACUCUAAGGUGCAGAGCACCCGGGACGAGUGAGGGGGGGGGGGCAGUUUGAGCCCUCACCUGAGCCUGUUUGCUUCUUCUAGACAUAUCCAAACAAUUCACUGCAAAAGCAGUGCGCUGCAUGUUUGGCUGGCUCUCAGACUACAGUUUGGAGACAGAGAUCCUGCCUAUUACAGAUUUAGCACCACAUAAAAUAUAGACAAAAUAGCAAUGCCAGAUUCUCUUUGGAGAAUCACGCUCUGUAUCUGAAACAAAUGUGGGUGCGGUUGGUUCCUCAAUGUACGACUCUCCCUUUGUCAUGGGUGGAUUCCCCGUGAGAUUGGGUGAGUCACGGCUUGUGAUUGUUUGUGGACAGAGGGAAACGCUAGUCUCCACCCACUGUGCUGCUGCUCUUUGAUGUUUAGACGCAUACAAAGUGAGUGAGUGUGUGUGUGUGCAGUUGUGUGUGGAUGUGUUCUGCGGCAGAGAGCUGAUCAGAGGAACAUCUGUGUCAGUGCCGUAGUAUAAGUCACGUACUAAUCUCAAUGCAAUAUUACAUUAAAUGCUCCCCUCUGAUGCUCACUGUGUGUGCCUGCCUUUAUGUAUGCACCAGUAUUACAGAAAGGCUCUGUUGUCAAUCAUUUCCCAUAGCCUCUGUCGGUUAACUGGCUGUGGCAUACUUCUGUUUCAUAUCACACUGCCUUGUCAUGUGUUUACCCUGA